GGGAGAGCAGAUAUAGUGAAUGCGGGGUCCGGGGACAGCGGAUAUAGUGAAUGCGGGGUCCGGGGAGAGCGGAUAUAGUGAAUGCGGGGUCCGGGAGAGAGGAUAUAGUGAAUGCGGGGUCCGGGGAGAGCGGAUAUAGUGAAUGCGGGGUCCGGGGAGAGCGGAUAUAGUGAAUGCGGGGUCCGGGGAGAGCGGAUAUAGGAAUGCGGGGUCCGGGGAGAGCGGAUAUAGUGAAUGCGGGGUCCGGGGAGAGCGGAUAUAGUGAAUGCAGGGUCCGGGAGACCAGAUAUCAUGAAUGCAGGGUCUGGGAAGACCAGAUGUAGUGAAUGAAGGGGUUUGGGGAGACCAGAUGUAGUGAAU